GAAAGAAAAACCGAAAAGCAAAAAAAACUAGGAGGGUUGGAAAGAAAUAAGGCACGAAAAAAAGGAAAGAGAUAUGGCUUUCUAUACUUCAAGAGUGGAUGACGAUGGUAACGAAUUGGAGAGACGGCCAACGGCACGGAGUUUAGCUUCAUCAAUAAGUGAAAGCACUACGAGAUUAAAUUUAAGUUCACGCAGUUGUGAUAGAAAAGCUGGUGUACUAUAUAUUAAUCCGGCCGCUUACAUAGAGAAAGAUGGUGAAAUGGAAAGAUCACCUGAUGCUGGUCAAGGUAGCAUAGAUAGUAAGUGCCCAUCAGUUUCCGAAACUGAAAGCGAUAUUGUGCCGCCGUUGGAUUUGCAGUCGGAAGAAAAUUAUCCAACAACACGGGAUUAUACGUUUUCCUACCGCAAACAUUGCGAAGCGGCCAAGAUUGUUUUGAAACCGGAAAAGGCCUACGAGACUUGGCUUUCUGCCAAAAGAAAGUUGCUAUCGGAUGAGGCUGCCAGACGUAAAAAAGCCGAACAACAAAAGCGUCAAGAAUUAGAAGAUCGUAAGCGUUUGGCCGAUGAAAAAUUUAAAAAUUGGUUAAAAAAAAAAGCUUGCCAACCAAAAACAACUCAUCUAGCACAGGAGCCAUCAAUGCAACAAAUUAGUUCAAAUUUAACAAUUAAAUCGACAUCAGCGAAUACAGAUUUGUUAGAAAGACCGACGCGUUCUCAAUUGAGCGAAGAGGAAACUAAAGCCCGUUUAAUUGAAUGGGAUAGAAAGAAACGCGUGCAAGAAGAACGCCGUAGAGCUGCCAAACGCCAAGAGGAACAGAAACGCCGAGAAUUGGAAGAACAACGCCGAAAUAUUGCUGCUGGCGCUUGGGAGAGAUGGUCGUCUGAUGCGGCAAAAAAACCUAAACCGGUCCCAUUAAAUCGUGGUAUAUUUACGCUACGUGGCACCAUUUCCAAUAUUUAUGUAAAUCCUAACAAAUGGCAACCUAUUAUUCCUACUACAGAAGAAGAUUGA